AGAAGUAGAACGAACCAACUCCCUUCACCACCGAAAGUUAGGAUUGAGCUUAACUUGGAAAAAAAUCAAUUUUUAUCCUAAUAAAAUUUGCAAAUGAGUGAAUUGGAAGAUAGGGAACAACCCAAUGUGGUUGUGAAUAAAAACAAACGUUAUAGACGUGAAAAACCAUGGGAUACUGAUGAUAUAGACCAUUGGAAAAUUGAUCCUUUUUCGAAAGAAGAAGCUACUGAGCCCUUUUUGGAAGAGUCCAGUUUCGCUACUCUAUUCCCCAAAUAUCGUGAAAAAUAUCUUCGAGAAGUCUGGCCUCAUGUAACAAGGGCUUUGGAUAAAUAUGGAAUUGCAUGCGUUCUUGACUUGGUAGAGGGCAGUAUGACUGUAAAGACCACUAGAAAAACAUUCGAUCCUUAUGCUAUUUUGGAUGCUAGAGACAUGAUCAAGUUAUUGUCUCGAAGUGUCCCAUUUCCACAAGCCAUUAAAAUUAUGCAAGAUGGUGUCGCAUGUGAUAUUAUCAAAAUUGGAAAUGUUGUUCGUAACAAGGAACGAUUUGUUAAACGUCGCCAACGUUUGGUAGGUAAUAACGGACAGACCUUGAAGGCAUUGGAAUUGUUGACUCAAUGCUACAUUUUAGUACAAGGUACCACGGUAGCUGCUAUGGGUGGUUAUAAAGGAUUAAAGGAACUUCGUAGAAUUGUUGAAGAUUGCAUGCAUAAUAUUCACCCAAUUUAUCACAUCAAGGAAUUAAUGAUUAAGCGUGAAUUGGCUAAGGACCCUACACUAGUUAACGAAUCGUGGGAUCGAUUCUUACCUCAGUUCAAGAAGAGGAACGUUGCACGCCGCAAGCCUGUUAAAAUUAAAGAAAAGAAGGAUUACACGCCGUUUCCUCCUCCUCAACAACCUAGCAAGCUUGAUCUUGAAAUUGAGAGUGGUGAGUAUUUCUUGAAGAAGGAAGAGAAGGAACGUAAGAUACGUUCCGAGAAGAGAGAGAAACAAAAAGAGAAACAAAAACUCAGAGAAGAAGAACGAGAAAAGGCUUUCGUACCACCUGAAGAGCCCGUGAAGAAGAAACGUAAAGCUGAUUAAAACUGCUAAGGUAUUUGGGUUAAAAUCAUUCUUGUUUAACGGAUAAUACGGUUAAUAAAAUUUUGAAGAUUAUGUAUAAAUGUAUUAACUAGUAAAUUUGCAAGACGACUUCUGUGUUUGAUGAAUAUAUCUGAAUAUUUAUAGAGGUUUUAGCAACCUUCGUCUUUUCAAAUGCUAAAUGUACUUGAAGCCUUUACCUCGUGUCAUGAAUUACAAGAAAAAUUUCGUUACAACGCCUGAAAAGUCAGUACAUAAACAAGCUUAUUUUAUAAUUUACACUUCUCAAUUUUGCUUUUCUUUGGUGUAAUGUGUGUGACAAAAAUAUAUUACAGUCAAGAUUAAUUAAGAACAUACACAGAUAAACGGGUAUCCAGAAAUCGUAUAGAGUUCAUAUAUGAGCAUAUUUUGCUUUCGUAGAAACUAUUACUUAAACUUAUUGACUUGAGGCUGCCUUCCAAAGUGUUUUCCGUCUUGACUCAGGACCUGAAGCGGUACUGACUAGCUGAAUAGAUCGAUUGCCUUCUCCGAACGCUAAUACAACACUCUCAUCACCACGUCCUUCUAUGCGAAAUUGUUUUCUGUAGGAAUUUCGCAUUCGUACAAUCUCUGUAGCGAGUUUGUAACGCGCCAUACUGCUUGCACCAACAGUAAGUUUGUCGCUUUCCAAAAGGUUUUUAAUGACAGGGAAAGGAAGAUUGCGAAGCACAUUCACGUACUCCUUAUCCCAAUGAUUAAGAAGAGUGGUGUACAUAACUUCUAAAGCUUUGUCAAAGAGGCCGGCGGUGUAUCUAGGAUAUGGUCCGAUUUUAAGCCUUUCAAAGCCUUCUAGUCUUGGGUCCAAAAAAGUAAGAAUAUUUUCCAUUGUGAAUGGAUUAAUUAAAUUUUCUAUGCUUGAUGCAGCCUCAAAUGCCAAUCCAUCGAGUCCCAAUAGCGCACUAGUAGCAAGGAUACAACAGGGGUUCAAUUCAGCUGGUAUAGUAACGGCAUCACGAUAAAGAGAAGAAAGAACGAAAAUGGUUGAUUUUUUUGUAACGUAAGGAUCUUCAAUUUCUAAUUUGACAUUGUAGGGCAUCCCGUUGGAAGACACUUCUGUUAUUUUUUGAUAUAAAACAGGUGAACGCGCUAAAAACAAGGCAUGGAGACGAUAUACAUUGUCCUGGAUUUGCAAAUUUGUGUCUGAAAAAGUACCCUGCAGGAAUCCGUUUGAGAAAACAAAAUCAGAAAUCUAGGGCUUUGUUAGUAUAAAAAGAAAUCACUAUUUGAAUAAUUUAGCAUGAAAAAAGAGUUUUCCUGGUUAGAUUACGGCUAUACCUAGAAUUUAGACGAAGCCAGACUAUCUAUAGUGAAACUCAUCCAAUUCCAGGUACUUUUGAGAAAUAAAAUAAAGCAAAUUUAAAAACAAAAGUAACAAGAAAUUUAUAUAUAUUAAGGAAGGA